AACCGGAACCUGGUUGACGAGUAGCCUUAUAAGUAGGGCAUCGAUGUUGAAGGAUUGAGUACCAUGCGGCUUAACGUCUCAACCACUGAACUUGUGAUUCGUGUCUGCCGAUUAAGGUUUGGUUAUGUUGAGGGCUGUUGCCGGGUUGGAGAGUUUCAAUAUACAAUUUACAUUUGAUUUUUAGUCUACCAGUAUCAUUGGUUUCCUGGUUUUAAUGUGUAACGAUUUUUAGAAAUCAUGCCAAAUGUCUAUUUGUGAAUCAGUCAAUCGCUAGGACUAUUAUUGUUAACUCAAAAAUCCUGCAAGCUUGGGCGGGGCGUGCUGUGGUGUCGGAUACACUUUUUACGUAAACAUAUGAAAUCCCAUUUUGAUUUCAUUUAGAACAAAAUAAUGUCUAAUAAACUAUUCUAUAUGUCUUCAAAUCAUAGUUCAAGCUCCUUUAGUUGUCAAAUUAUGUUAUUAAGUUUAAGUUCUUUGUGGUUUGUGUUUAGUGUUUGUGUUUCGUGUGUUGUGUUUGUGCUUCGUGUUUGGAGUUCGUAUUUCGUGUUUGUGUUUCGUGUUUUGUGUUUGUGUUUCGUGUUUGUGAUUCGUGUUUCGUGUUUGUGUUUGGAGUUCAUGUUUGUGUUUCGUGUUUGUCUUUCGUGUUUGUGUUUCGUGAUUGUGUUUUGUGGUGUUGUCUAAAACUCUCACAACAGAUUGUCUAAAUCUCGCUCACACAUUUAUAUUACAUUCAAUAAAAUGCAAAGAGAUCCUAAAUAUUUUUAUUUUGUAUCAGAUCAAAUCUGUCGCCAUACGUUUCUCACAAAACUCAUUUUUUAAAAUCAUUUACAUUAACUUCGCUUUUGUUCGUGGGUUGCCGGCUGGGUGGCAAAAUCUUGGGACGGCUAAAAGACCCACUUUCCGUCAGGCUAUCGAGCUGAAACUUGGCACAUGGAAUCGUUGCUGAUGACAGCAUAUUCUUUCAACUGUUUAUUCCCAACCCCAAUCUGUUUUUUAAGGGGAACAUGAAGGAAAAUUCCCGAUAACCGCAACAAAUGAGAAUCGUUCAAAUGUUUUUUUUUUUUAUCAAAUUCGUUUGUUGUGUAAUAUUUUCUUUUGUUUUUCUAAAAUUGUCGGUGAAAUAAAUCAGCGAUGUAAACGUGGGUGGGUCAUUGGAAUAUGAAAAUAGUUCAGGGUGUGAACAAAAAUGUACGAUUGCGAGCCUUGGGGUGGGGAGGGUGGGGGGCACUUAUUUGGAUUCUUAAAAAGUGCGUUACUUAUAUGCAUGUUUUCUUACCCAUAGCUCAAUAUUACAUUUGAUAAACAAUUGAUGCAAAAAAAAAAAAACAACAACAAAAAAAACAACUAUGUUUUUAAGGGUAGUUUAAUUUGAUUUUAAAACAAAGUUCAUAAAUCUAGUUUUUCAUUUUCUUUUUCAGAUUCACGUCUUACUUCUUAAAUACAAAAGCUUUAUGCAGAGCACAGAUAUUCGAAGGUAGUCAUUGAAAGCUGGUCACUUGAACUAGGUCAUUGAAAACUGGCCAUUUCGAAAGGUCAUUGAAAGCUGGUCAUUUUAACCAGGUCACUCUGAAAGCUGGUCAUUUGAACCAGGUCAUUGAAGUCACAAAUUGUCAAAAAAUCAACACUUUCAAACAACACAAUUGCCUUUUCGGUCAUACGUAUGCAAUCAUAAUUUCUAUUGACAUUUGAACCCCCCAAACAAAGACAAGAUGGCCAUGGAUUGCUGUUCGUGUAUGCCACAUAGGUACUUCAUUGUCCUCAUGUGUUUUUUUGGCAUGCUCAUAAGUGUGGGAUACAGAACAAGUUUCGCCCUUGUCGUAACACAUAUAACGGCUUUUAAUGGAAGCCAUGGCAACACAACGUCAGAUGACAGCACCUCGUUGUUUCCAAGUGUAAGUACCCGACGGACAUUUUUUUGGUGUUUUUAUCUCAACUGUUUUUUAUGUUCUGACUUGAAUUUUACUUUAAAAUAGUUGCAACACAACACAAGUGCAACACAACACAAGUGCAGCACAACACAAGUGCAGCACAACACAAGUGCAACACAACACAAGUGCAACACAAAACAAGUGCAACACAACACAAGUGCAACACAACACAAGUACAACACAACACAAGUGCAGCACAACACAAAAGUGCAGCACAACAAAAGUGCAGCACAACACAAGUGCAGCACAACAAAAGUGGAGCACAACACAAGUGCAGCACAACACAAGUGCAGCACAACACAAGUGCAGCAUAACACAAGUGCAGCACAACACAAGUGCAGCACAACACAAGUGCAGCACAACACAAGUGCAACGCAACACAAGUGCAACACAAUACAAGUGCAGCACAACGAAAGUGCAGCACAGCACAGCACAAGUGCAAAACAACACAAGUACAACACAACACAACACAACACAGGUACAGAAUAAAUAUACAAGUGCAACACAAUGCAAGUACGGAACAAUACAAGUACAACAUAAUACAAGAAGAGCACAUGUACAACAUAAUACAAGUAAUUCACAUUAAGCUAUAUACGUAUUACUUACUGAUGCUUUAUGAAUUAACAUCUGCCCCCCCCCCCUCCUCCAAACACAAUGCAAGUACGGAACAAUACAAAUACAACAUAAUACAAGAAGAGCACAUGUACAACAUAAUACAAGUAAUUCACAUUAAGCUAUAUACGUAUUACUUACUGAUGCUUUAUGAAUUAACAUCUGCCCCCCCCCCCCUCCUCCUCCUCCCAACCACAGUGUACGACCCAAAACACGACACGUGACCGCAUUGUCCACUGGCAUGGCUCUACCGUAUUUCUCUUCAGCACGUCCUACUUUGUUGGUCAGCUGCUGUUUUCCAUCCCAGGCGGUGCGAUGGUCCAAAAGUUCUCAGCCAAAAGGUCAGUUGAACAAUUUAAUGACCCGUGAGCAUCAGGUGAUCUCGCAUCAAAGUCAAUGAUUUUUUUCUAAAAUCCUUAAAAUGUGUCACACGUUUAAGAGAGGCCGUGAUGACCAAUAGCGACAGUUAUAACUAAGCAUGGCCCCGCCACGGAAUGGCCCGCAUACAUCACAGAUCGAAGCUGUUGAGUUUCCGCGCGUAGCUCAUGUCGUCGUGGUUCAAAUCUGACUGCCGAAUAGGGAUGUUUGAUGCCAAGGAGACAAGCGGUUUGGUCCAUUCUGUGACCUUGUUCCAGAUCCUGAAUAAAGAUGAUGAGUUCAUUCCUCGACCGUCUGUUGAGAACCAGCUGGAGGAGUUAAACCCAAGGAAUGGGAAGUUCUGAUUGUCUGCCAUGUUGUGUACCUCUGUGACCGUCUUGUUGUAUCCCACAAUGGCCGCCACGUUGUCCUUCAAUGGCGAUGGUGUGAAAAGAAUAUUCUUCUGGAACAAUGACUUUUGUACUGAAGUUGACAAUGCGGACUUGGUUAAGAUAGUCCGCCACCAUAUAUAUUACCACUCACCUUGUCAAACGUUAGGAAAGUUAGUGAUUAUAUUAGUUGGUAAAUAUGUUAUAGACAUGAUUAGAUCAGUUGGUAAAUAUGUUAUAGACAUGAUUAGAUCAGUUGGUAAAUAUGUUAUAGACAUGAUUAGAUCAGGUGGUAAAUAUGUUAUAGAUAUGAUUUGAUCAGUUGGUAAAUAUGUUAUAGACAUGAUUAGAUCAGUUGGUAAAUAUGUUAAAGACAUGAUUAGAUCAGUUGGUAAAUAUGUUAUAGACAUGAUUAGAUCAGUUGGUAAAUAUGUUAUAGACAUGAUUAGAUCAGUUGGUAAAUAUGUUAUAGACAUGAUUAGAUCAGGUGGUAAAUAUGUUAUAGAUAUGAUUUGAUCAGUUGGUAAAUAUGUUAUAGACAUGAUUAGAUCAGUUGGUAAAUAUGUUAAAGACAUGAUUAGAUCAGUUGGUAAAUAUGUUAUAGACAUGAUUAGAUCAGUUGGUAAAUAUGUUAUAGACAUGAUUAGGUCAGUUGGUAAAGAUGUUAUAGAUAUGAUUAGAUCAGGUUGUAAAUAUUUUGAGAUGAAUAUCAAGUACAAUAAGGAGAUAGCUGUUCGAAGAGCGAAGUAUAAAUUAUACUCGACAUUUUGGCUGUUUGAAAUAUAAAAAUGUACAAUAAUUAUAUCGGAACGUUAUUGUGUUCUUCCUACAGAGUGUUUGGUGUAACAGUUCUCAUCUCCAGCGUCCUUCAGAUCUUGCUGCCCAUUGCAUCGGAACUUUUAUGGCUGAUAUUUAUCUUUAGGUUUCUUCAAGGAGCAGUCGAGGUAUAA